AUGCUCUCAGAAGAGUCCCAGAGGCCACGCCAUUCUGCUCGUCUCUCACCAGGAGACCGAAAUGAGCGUGUGCGUGUAUGGAUUGGGAAGCUGGAUCCAUUAUGGAUAUCGGGUGUUUGGCAUUGGGGUCUAGGGAAAAUGCCCAAUGCAAGCACGUUUCUGGAGAGUCCUGUGGCAAGCCACGGGUGCGGAUCAUGGAAAGUUGGAAGAAAAGGUAUGAUGUGUGAAGAGCGAAGAGCGAAGAGUGAAGAGUGA